UGACACUCAUUUUUCCCUUCUUGCAUCACCUCGUAUACCAUGAUUUCUACUGUACCACCAGGGUCCCUUACCUAUCUCUUGCAAUUCUCAUUUCUUCUCUGUUUCAGGAAAAAUUAGCGAAUUUGAUAUCAGAACUGAGGAAUUUUAAUUGCUAGGUGGUGAAAAGAGCUGAGGGAAGAAUAGCAACUAGAAGAAUGUCUGAUUAUUCCUUCUUGAAUGAUAAACUCUCUAAAAAAACCUCUAUCUUUGGUUUGCGGUUGUGGGUUGUGCUUGGAAUCUGUGUUGGAGCUGCUAUAGUCCUUGUCCUCUUCCUUAUCUCCCUCUGGUUCACUUCUAAACGCAACAAGAAGAGCAACCCCCUCAAGUCUUCUCAGAACCUCACCAUCCCAAAUGUCUCCAAAGAAAUCCAGGAGAUUCGGAUCGACCCGUCUCGACAUGCAAACCCGGAGUUGAAGCCUCAUCAAGCUUCAAACCCGGAGCCACUGCUGGAAUCGGACCCAAUUUUGGUUCUUCACCAGGAAGAAGAGAGCACUGUUGCUGGGCGCAACAGAAUUCACAUUGAGAUAGGGAAGGACCACCGAAUUUCGUAUCCGGAAAAGUCGGCGGGUUCGGGGAAUGGGUCUGGAGAAGCUCGCUCCGGUGAACAGGGUGCGAUAAUUACGGUACCGGAAGUUUCGCACUUGGGUUGGGGCCAUUGGUAUACUCUGAGAGAGCUUGAAGAGGCGACAAAUGGGUUUGCCGACGAGAAUGUGAUUGGUGAAGGUGGGUAUGGCAUUGUUUACCGUGGCGUUAUGGAGGAUAACACUAAGGUCGCCGUCAAGAAUUUGCUCAAUAACAGGGGACAAGCCGAGAAGGAGUUUAAGGUUGAGGUUGAAGCAAUCGGACGUGUGCGGCAUAAAAAUUUGGUGAGGCUACUUGGUUAUUGUGCUGAAGGCGCUCAUAGGAUGCUUGUUUAUGAGUAUGUUGACAAUGGAAAUCUAGAGCAGUGGCUUCAUGGGGAUGUUGGGCCUAACAGCCCUCUCACAUGGGAAAUCCGAAUGAAUAUAAUACUUGGAACUGCAAAAGGGCUGGCAUACCUUCACGAGGGGCUUGAGCCUAAGGUCGUUCAUCGUGAUAUCAAGUCAAGCAACAUUUUGCUUGAUAAGCAGUGGAAUCCUAAAGUAUCUGACUUUGGCCUGGCAAAGCUUUUAGGCUCAGAGAGGAGCUAUGUAACAACUCGUGUGAUGGGAACUUUUGGAUAUGUGGCUCCAGAAUAUGCUAGCACUGGCAUGUUGAAUGAAAGAAGUGAUGUUUACAGCUUUGGCAUUCUUCUGAUGGAAAUAAUUUCUGGGAGAAACCCUGUUGAUUACAGCCGCCCUCCAGGAGAGGUUAACCUAGUUGACUGGCUUAAAGCAAUGGUUACCAACCGGAAUGCAGAAGGAGUUUUGGAUCCUAGAUUACCAGAGAAGCCUUCAAUAAGGGCACUGAAACGUGCUCUUUUAGUUGCAUUACGCUGUGUGGACCCAAAUGCUCAAAAAAGGCCAAAGAUGGGACAUGUAAUACAUAUGCUUGAGGCUGAUGAGUACCCCUUCCGAGAUGACCGUAGAACUGGACGGGAACACAUGUGCCCACAGCAUAAUGGUGUUAAGGAUAGGUUGUCUGAUAAGCACAUAAAUGAUUCAGGUGACAGUAGUGGGUAUGAUAGUGGUGUCCAAACUAAUAGUUUAGUACGGAGGGAGCAAGCACCUGAAGAGCACUAGUCUUGCAAACCCAUAUUUGUCUGAAUUAACACGUAACACGUCUUGUCGUUGGAUCCAGAGCUGGCUUCAGGCACAUCACUUGCUUCCAACUGUAUGUAUUUCACGUUGUUAUGAUUAUGUCAUUUUUUGUAGCAUUGUAUGCUUGUCCUCUGUACCCAACCGCCAUGUUAUUCUUUUUUCUGGUACAACCAUUGGCUAUGUAUUGAUGUAAGAAAUACUGCUUCUCUAAUUUUCUUUUCCUUUUUUUUUUUUCUUGCCUCUGUGAUGUUGGGGAUGAAUAUUGGUUUUGGACUUUGGCCUUUGGGUCCUACAAAUCAUAUUUCACAUGCCUUAAUAGUCUUCAAAGAGUUGGGGAUUCUGCUUUCAUAUCAAAAUUGAAUGUAAUUUGGAGAGUAUAAGGUGAUAAAGCUAGUAAGAAUCCCUAAAUUAAGCCAAACUAUGCCGAGUUUGAGACUGUAAUCCUAGAGCUACUCUUCUGGUUGGCUAUAGUGUGCAGUGAUCAGAUGUUCAAGCUGAAGUUCAAUUGUAAGUACACUUUAUGUUUUCUUUUACUUUUCAUUGCAAAGGAAUAACCCUUGAUGGUGGUUUGCUAGAAUUUUCUUGUUUGGAUAUCGGAAUUUAAAUGCUAUUUGGAUGAAGCAUGUUGGCAUAGUUUCUGGUAAAAAGCUUCUGUUUUAUUCUUUUGUUUGAAUUGUUGGGUGGAAAUUACUCUCUCUCUCUCUUUUUCUCAAAUAGAAUGCGGUACUUGAGAGUCAAUAUAAAGACUUAGCAGCU